UCACUCUUUGGCGAGCGUUCGUGUGAGACAGUCGCAACUUUUCGUUCGUCCGGUUUGUCUCCAGAUAUUCCCAGUUCGGUAGCUAAUUUCCAAAGCGCUAGUUUUCCGAGUGAUCAAGUGUUUAAGUGGUUAUCCCUAGUGGGACGAGUGCGGUUGGCUAGGCCACUAUUUUUGCCGCAAAAGUUCAGUUAGUUUGAGAAAAUUUCACGUUUUUAUUGUAUCACGUGGCGGAUUGACCGAUUAUCGAGCACAGCAGUGCAGCACCCCCCGCAUACCACGCCGCUCGCGCGGCCGUGAUCGGGUUCUUCCAGUGAGUACCCAAGCUCAUCGUCGUCGACAGCAGCAGCCCACCGAGAGAAGAGCAGAGAGCGUGACGGGCGCUCAGCAGCAGCUCGCCUCUUCCCAGUGCGGGCGAUCCGAUCGCUGUCGUCGUCGAGCCUGUGGCUAUACAGAGUGCACAAAGAUAAGUACAUAAAGUUACCCUUCGUUGUUCCCCCUCUCCACUGACUCUUUGAUUAGAUUUAAUUUGGUAUAUAAGCAUUUUUUUUCUCACUUUUCCUGUAGCGUUAUUUUUGUCCCUUGUUUUUCGAUUAUUCCUCGUCCCCGUGAUAGUGUUAAUUUUUGAGUGCCCCGUGGUGGUAGUUAGCUACCACAAUGGGCGAUGAUGAAGAUGGCGGGGGUACGUCGUACCGCAUUAACGAAGCUACAUUAUUGGCAUCGGAUUGCUCGAGCCAACAUGGCGAUGUAAAUGCUAAUCCCUUUGUCUCCCUUCACCCUGACGCUUCUGCAAUGGACACCAACAGUAAAUCUGUUUCGACGUCCCCCCGCCUCAAGGCCUACCCUCCCGACUUUGGCGGGCCAUAUGUUGUUUUCUUCCGACCCAAAGGCAAACGUUUGAACACCGUUCAGAUUAGCAAGGACUUGACAAAGCGGUUUUCUUCUGUUAUCGCCAUUGACAUGGUUGGUACAGGAAAGCUUCGGGUUUCGGUUGGUGACCGAAAGCAGGCUAAUGAGAUUGUGGCCUAUGAGCUCUUCACACUUGAAUAUUUCGUUUACAUUCCAAGCCAUCAGGUCGAGAUCUCGGGGAAGGUCGCCGAGGGAUCUUUGACCUGCGAAACGAUCAUGCAAGGCUGUGGUCGCUUCAAGAACCCUUCUCUUCCUCCUGUCCAGAUACUGGACUGCCGGCAACUGCAUUCGGUCUGCCAGGAGGGCGAGAAAAAGGUUUACACACCAUCGGAUGAGUUUUGUGUGACCUUCUCCGGAUCAGCAUUACCAGACCUGCUGGUGAUUGGCAAACUUCGGCUACCUGUGCGGCUGUAUGUACCAAAGGUUAUGAACUGCACCAAUUGCAAGCAGCUGGGCCACACUGCCCAGUACUGCGGCAACAAACCUCGCUGUGCAACAUGCGGGGAGAGACAUGUGGACGGUGCGUGUAAAACGCCGCCCAAGUGUGUUUAUUGUGGCAGUGACCGUCCACAUGAUCUCAAUGUCUGCCCGAAGUACAUACAGCAAAAACAACAUCAAAAACGGUCGUUGCAGCAGCGUUCAAGGCGAAGCUACGCCGAGAUGCUGAAGAAAGCUGCUCCGGUCGUUGAAUCACGCAACAUCUACUCGUCUUUGUCUCUCGAUGAUCAGGGCUCUGACUCUGAGGUUGGAGACGGGGUUCCCUUUGUUUUCAAAGGUGAAACGAGGAAACGGAUGAGGCUCCAGAGACCAACCAAAAAACCUCGGAAUCUGCCUAGCAGUGACCCCCAACCCACCGUGACAAAUUCUAGGAGUGUUAAGAAAGGCACCAAACGUUCACCUCCUGGAUUCAAAAUCCAAGAUGAACGGGACUUUCCUUCGCUCCCAGGAACAUCAAAAAUCCCAGAUGUUCCAAUUUUUUCGACUUCUCAGCCAGAGGGACAGCAUUCAGAGAACCAGGAACAACCCCUUGGUGCUCCGAUGUUUACGCUGUCUGGCAUCGUAGACAUCAUUCUGAACUUCUUCAAUGCUCCCGACUCAGUGAAGAACAUUAUUAAAGGACUUCUUCCUUGUGUGUCCCCUCUUUUGAAGCAGCUGGCUUCUAAAAUGCCUCUUCUUGCGACAAUCGUAUCUUUCGAUGGCUAAUUUAACCACCGAGGUCGAAGAUAUGAUUUCUGUGCUACACUGGAACUGUCGUAGUAUAGUACCGAAAUUAGACGUUUUUAAAUUUUUACUUAGCAAUUUACAAUGCGAUGUUUUUGCGCUCUCCGAAACAUGGCUGACACCUGAUGUGACCCUACCUUUUACCGAUUUCAAUAUCAUCCGCCUUGAUCGAUCCGACUCGUAUGGAGGGGUGCUUUUAGGGAUCAAAAAGCAGCACUCAUUUUAUAGAGUCGAUAUACACCCGAUGACAGGCAUUGAAGCCGUCGCAUGUGCAGUGACUAUCCGGGGGAGAAGCCUAAGUUUCGCCUCCAUUUAUCUUCCACCGAGAACUGCGAUAUCUCGCAGAGAUCUCGCUCACAUCUGCUCGGUUAUGCCUGAGCCACGGCUGCUGAUGGGAGAUUUUAACUCCCAUGGUACAGGCUGGGGGGAACUGUACGAUGAUAGCCGUUCAUCUUUGAUAUAUGACCUCUGCGACGACUUCAACAUGACAAUUUUGAACACUGGGGAAGUUACGCGAGUGGCACCUCCAGCUAAAGAUGGCAGUCCUAGAGACAGCCGAUUAGACCUCUCAAUCUGUUCGAGCUCACUAUCGCUGGAGUGCACAUGGAGGGUUAUCCAGGAUCCCCAUGGUAGUGAUCAUCUGCCGAUCGUUGUUUCUAUUUCCAAUGGCCCACAGCAGCCUCCAUCUAUUGACAUCACCUAUGACCUCACGAAACACAUUGACUGGGGGAAGUACGCGGAAGCAAUCAUCGACGGUGUGCAAUCUGUAGAAGUCCUUCCACCGCGGGAAGAGUAUCAAUUUCUCUCAGAACUGAUCAUCGGUAGCGCGCUUCAGGCACAACGUCGGCCAGUACCAGGUCCGUCGGUUCGUAGGAAACCCCCCAAUCCAUGGUGGGACAGUGAGUGUACAGAAAUCUAUCGCGAGAAAUCCGCGGCGUUUAAAGAGUUUCGUAAACGCGGUACGGUCGAAAACUUUGAGCGGUACGCUUCCCUUGAACGCAAGUUUAAGAACUUGAUCAAGGCGAAGAAAAGCGGUUAUUGGCGUCGCUUCGUCGAGGGCUUGUCGCGCGAGACUUCGAUGAAAACUCUUUGGAACGUCGGGAGAAGAAUGCGUAACGCGUCGUCGGUUAACGAGGAUAGGGAAAGCUCUCCCCGGUGGAUUCUCAAGUUCGCAAAAAAAGUUUGUCCAGAUUCCGUACCCGUGGAGCGAAUAAUUCGUAACGUUUCCGAAGAUAGGGAUGACAUGGAUAGACCGUUUUCGAUGGUGGAAUUCUCACUUGCUCUCCUUUCAUGUAACAAUUCUGCUCCAGGGAUGGAUCGCAUCAAGUUCAACUUGCUUAAAAACCUCCCCGACGUCGCUAAGAGGCGCUUGUUGAACUUGUUCAAUCAGUUCCUGGAUAACAACAUCGUUCCGGAUGAUUGGAGGCAAGUGAGAGUGAUAGCUAUUCAAAAACCAGGGAAGCCCGCGUCGGAUCAUAACUCGUAUCGUCCAAUCGCGAUGUUGUCUUGCCUACGGAAGUUGUUGGAGAAGAUGAUUCUCUUUCGACUGGACAAUUGGGUUGAAUCGAAGGGCAUGUUGUCAGAUACACAAUUUGGUUUCCGCAGAGGCAAAGGAACGAACGACUGUCUUGCGUUACUUUCUUCAGAAAUUCAGCUUGCCUUUGCUCAAAAACAGCAAAUGGGCUCAGUGUUUUUGGAUAUUAAGGGGGCUUUUGAUUCAGUUUGUGUCGAUGUUCUUUCCGACAAACUCCACGAAAGUGGCCUUUCACCAAUUUUAAACAACUUUUUGUAUAAUUUGCUGUUUGAGAAGCAGAUGAGAUUUGCUCAUGGUGACUUGACAGUUUCACGAAUUAGUUACAUGGGUCUCCCCCAGGGUUCAUGUCUAAGCCCCCUUCUUUACAAUUUUUAUGUCAGAGACAUAGAUGAUUGUCUCAUGGAAAAUUGCACGUUAAGACAGCUUGCGGAUGACUGUGUUGUUUCUGUGACGGGAUCAAUAGCAGUUGAUCUGCAAGGACCAUUACAGGAUACUUUGGACAAUUUGUCCACUUGGGCUCUCAAGCUGGGUAUCGAGUUCUCUCCGGAGAAAACUGAGAUGGUUGUCUUUUCUAAAAAACACAAACCGGCUAAGUUUCCGCUCGUUCUGAUGGGUAAGACAAUCACUCAUAGCAUGUCUUCUCAAUAUCUUGGUCUCUGGUUCGACUCUAAAUGCACCUGGGGGAAGCACAUUGUGUAUCUGAUACAAAAAUGCCAAAAGCGAAUCAAUUUUAUGCGAACUAUUACCGGAACUUGGUGGGGAGCACACCCGGAAGAUCUGAUCAGGCUGUACCAAACAACCAUUCUGUCGGUUUUAGAAUACGGUAGCUUCUGUUUUCAAUCCGCGGCGAAAACACACUUACUGAAGAUUCAACGGGUUCAGUACCGUUGCCUUCGGAUCGCGUUAGGUUGCAUGAACUCAACUCACACUAUGAGCUUAGAGGUACUUGCUGGUGUGCAGCCUCUGACAGACCGCUUUGCGGAGUUAUCGUUCCGGUUCCUCAUCCGAUGCGAGGUUGUGAAUCCAUUGGUCAUUGAAAACUUCGAAAAGCUGCUUGCACAGAACCCUCAAACUCGUUUUAUGAGUGUGUACUACUGGUACAUGACGUUGGAGGUAAGCCCAUCUCCGGUUAACACCAAUCGUGAUAACUUCUCAGACUUCGACAGUUCCUCUGUGGAUUUUGAUCUGUCCAUGAAGGAUGAGAUCACCGGAAUACCAGAAUCUUUUCGUUCCGUGUGUAUUCCACAAAUUUUUGCAAGUAAGUUCGGGCAUGUUAGCGGGGACAGACAGUUCUUCACAGAUGGUUCGAAAACCGAUGAUUCGACUGGUUUCGGUGUCUACAACGAAUUUCAUAGCGCCACCUUCAUGCUUCAAAAGCCAUGCUCGGUAUACAUUGCUGAGCUAGCGGCUAUAUACUACACCUUAGAGUACAUUCGCACUCUCCCACCUGAGCACUACUUCAUUUUUACCGACAGUCUAAGUUCUCUGGAGGCUGUUCGGUCAAUGAAACUGAUGAAGCACUCAGCGUACUUCCUGAAUGGAAUUCGCCAAGUCUUGAGUGCUUUGUCCAAACGCUCAUACACCAUCACCAUAGCUUGGGUCCCUUCACAUUGCUCAAUUCCGGGUAAUGAGAAAGCGGACUCUCUGGCUAAGGUGGGCGCUAGCGAAGGCGAUAUUUACGAGCGUCAAAUUGCCUUCGACGAAUUUUUUGCAUUAGCCCGUCAGGAGACCUUGAUCAGCUGGCAACACAAAUGGAGAGAUGGAGAGAUGGGUAGAUGGUUGCACUCCAUCAUUCCGCAGGUAUCGAAGAAGCCAUGGUUCAAAGGGUUGGAUUUAGGCCGCGAUUUCAUUCGUGUAAUGUGUCGGCUGAUGUCCAACCACUAUUUGUUAAACGCACAUACCUUCCGUAUUGGGCUCUCGGAAAGCAAUCUCUGUGUCUGCGGCGUGGCUUACCGGGAUAUCGAACAUGUCGUGUGGGGAUGCGAUGAGCAUCGUGAAGUCAGAUCUGAGCUGUAUGAAACUCUCCGGGUCCGAGGAAAACAACAGAAACCCGUUAGAGAAGUGUUGGCAGGCCUUGAUUUGGAGUACAUGGAUCUUAUUUACCAGUUUUUGAAACGUGUUGAUGUCAGAAUUUGAUCUCGUACGUUCCUCGUUUUCGUUGCCCGAAAUUUGGUUUUGUUGUUCGCUCCCUGUCUUUCGUUGCCCCCCUUUCCGUUUGUCCUCUUCUUGUCGUUGUCUUCCGAUAAAGCCCUUUCUGUUUAGUCCCGUUACAGAUCAGGACAGUCGGUCCCAUCAAGGUUUUUAGUAUAAGAUAGCAAGUAAUUUAGUAUAAGUCCCUUAAUUCCCUCCUUUCCAACUUUAUAUAUUUGUUAUCCCUAACCUCGAAACAGCCGCGAGUACUUCGGCUCCCAAAACUAACCUAGUAUUAAGUCAGUAUAAAUUUAAAAAAACAACAUGUAAAAUCAACAUAAAAAAAAUGUAAAGAUGAUUUCGGCUCUGUUAUGCCCAAGUGGCGCCCGAGCCUUCCAAAUAAACGAAUAAGUAAAAAAAAAAAAAAAAAUGUGAAUUAUUGCUCAGUGUGUAAGAACAUUGUCCACUUUGGCAACACACGGAAACGGAAAAAAGUGAGAAAUUUAUAGCGAUGGGUCGAAUAAGCUUAGCGACUAGCUUUUAAUUCUGCACAAAUGGUGUUCCAAAAAGUUGUCGUUUCGAGAAUUGGCAUACUAGUACACUUCCAGGACCGCAAUUUUUCAACGCUGAGCAGGGGAGAGAUGUGCCGCAUGAUGUAGGGUAUAUCAGAACUGAAAAAAUUGGGAAAACGUUUUCGGUGUGGCAAGCCAAUUGUUCAUGCGGCUCAAAGAGUUCUUCAUAUUUCACAACGGGAAAAAUCAACGGUGAAAAUAACAGAGAGGAAUGCAUCAAAAAACGACUUCUACCCAUCAGCCGAAAACAUACGGAUCCUUCAUUGUUUUGGCCGGAUCUGGCAUCCGCUUAUUACGCUUCUUCUACACUAGAGAUGCUCAAGAAGAAAAAAGUCGAUUUCGUCGAAAAAUGGCAAAAUCCACCAAACUUUCCUUAACUGCGUCCUGUGGAAAGAUACUGGACAAUAAUUAAGCGGCAUUUCAAGAAAGAUGGAAGAGAAGUAAGCUCUGUUGAUUGCUUCAAGAAAAUUUGGUCUGCGGCACAACGAAAGGUUACGGAGGAAGUUGUGCAGAAUCUAAUGGGAGGUAUCAAGAGGAAAGUCCGAGCGUUCUUCAGAAAUGCGAAGUAAAUGUUCAAACUCACGUGAAUUCGGCCACAUGUAUGUUGAUUGUCGUUUAUAAAUAAUAAACUUAUGAAUUUGUUCGAAAAUAAAUAUUCUCUAUUGAAAAAAAGGUGUCCACUUUCUUUACUGAACAGUCCUUAUCUGUAUCUUCUGGAUCACAGAUUCCUGUAGAAGUUUCUUCGGCGAUACUUAAAAUUUCAAGCAAUUUUGUAGGCAAUCCAAAAUAUAGGAUUCCACCAUUCCACAAGAAGUUCCUCCUAGGAUUCCUCCAGGCUAUUUCGUACCAUUCCCCUUAAUUAUAUCCCUUGGAAUUCGAUGAAAAUUUUUUGAGGAAAGAGUUUUUUAUCGCAGGGAUUUCCCCAGGAACUCCUUCUCGGAUACACCCAGAUGCCCUUUUUAAAAUGACUACCGGAGUUUCUUCAGGGAAUCUUUCAGAAAAUCUACCAGGACUUCCACCACGAAUUAAAAUUCGUUAAGAAAAAAAAAACGCGUUUUAACCAACUCUUGAAAUUUAUGUGAAUUCUUCCAAGAUAAUUUUCUGAAAUUGCUUAAGAAACUAUUUCUGAUAUUCCUCCAGAAGCUUCUUUUGAGGUUUCUCCUGUUUUUUUUUUGUAAUGGGAUUCUUUCAAACGUUUCUCUAGGAUUUCAUCAGUUUUUUCAGGGAUUCAUAAGCGAGUUACUUCUGGUAUUGUCAAGGAAAUCCUUCUGGGACUCGUCCUUAAAUUUAUUCAGUUUUUUUUUUGUAUGAUGCCUGCAGAUUUUGUGCGCUCGAAUUUUGAUGUUGAAUACUUCUUAGAUAUUUUGUAUUCUGUCUUCAUUUGUCUUUGGAAUUUCUUUAGGAUUUCUUACUACGUUUCUUCCAAGAGUCUAUAUUCAUCCUGGAGUUCUUUGUGGAAGUCCUUCAGAAGUUCUGUUUUUUGCCUGUAUUAACGAGAUUUUUUGCCCUAGGCUAGUUAAUCUCGGGACCCAUGCUUUUUUUCUCUUCCGAAGGAAAAACUCACCAUUUGUGAGAGUACGUUUGUUCGGCAAUGAACACAAGACUUUAAGGCGUAGAACACUGGACUGUAUUGGGGGGGUUAUAACACGGCAGAAGAGAGAACGGGAAAUUUCGGACCGCGAGGGAAAAAUCACUGGAUCACUUUCACAACUUCACUACUUUAUUUUCUAACUGCUAUUUACACUUGGAAUAAUUUCACUGCGCGUUGUCCAAGCCACGCGUACGCUUGUCACUUUAUCACUUUUAAAUUUGAACUGACUCGCUACUGGGAACGGGUCGUAUAUUUAUACCCAAAAAUAUGGUAUUCCAGAACCACGUGAAAUAUUCUACGCGCGCGUAGAACCCACGCGACGCGUGUGGAACAAACCAUCACGCUACCUGCAGGGCGACGACGACGAGAGUCGAUGAUGACGAUGAUGACGGUUGCGGCGGUGCGGUUCGCUGCUACACUCACGGCAGGAUCUCACGGCACUCACUCUCUCGCUGCUGCUCGCUGAUGUUUCGUCGGCUCGAGUGAGUGCGCGUGCUUCGUCACGAUGAUCGAUGAUGGUUCCGAUGCAAUGGUUGGUGGUCGCGCAGCUUACCAUGCUGCUGCCAUCAUUUGGAGCGUAUGUUCGCGAACAACGUUUGUGUUUGGCGUGGGAUUCAAUCCCAGGUCCUUGGCGUGAUAAGCACGUGCUCUAACCAUCACACCAGGUCCGCUACACAGGCAGAAGUUCUUUCUGAGAGCUCUCUUGGUAUUCCUUAUAGAAAUCUUCCGGGAGUUAUUUCUGGAAAUCCCACAGAAGUUUCUUCUGAAAAUCCUCAAGAAGUUCCUUGCGUAAAUCCUUCAGAAAUUCCUUGUGGGAAUCCUUCAGAAGUUUGUUCUAGAAAUUCUGCAGAAUAUCUAUCAAGUUCCAAGAGUUCCUUGUGGAAAACCUUUUUAAUUGAUGGGAUUCCUUUAAGAGUCUUUUCAGGGAAUCCUUCUGGAGUUCCUGGGGAAACAUAUGGAUCGAAUUCCUGGAUCCUAGACGAAAUUCCUGUUCCCUUAAAAAAAUAGUCGUGACAGACUGAACUCCUAAACCCUCUUAAGGAAUUACUGCAAUAUUUCCAGGAAAAAAAUCAGAAGAAAUUCAUUAAGGAAUCUGGAGAAAUGCACAGAAGGCAUACAAGGUGCAAUCCCUAGCAGCAGUUACUCAAGAAAUUCAAGAUUGCAUUUUUGAAGUGAUUUUUUUUUUUUUUUUUGUUUUUAUUAAUGUGUAUUUUAACAUGAAGCUAAUUCUACACUUGUCAAGUUGAGAAAAGGUCCGGAGGGGACCUUUUCAGUACUUACUACUAGGGGAAGGAUGGCCCAGAGGGGGCCCCUUUCGAGCCCAACCGUGGGGUCUCGCCUUUUCCUCAAAAACUAAUAAACAUUCAAAUUACAAUCUUACAACAUUGAAGUUUUAAAACAUUUUAAAUUAAAUUUGAAAAUAUUUGUUUCUCCGUGUUUUUUGGUUGCGUAACCGGCCGCCAGGUGGCAGCUCCGUCGCAAAGAUGCUAGAAAAGUUGGCACAUCUGUUCGUUGACGUUUGGAUUUUGCUUCCGUUUGUCUGUCAUCGCGUCGACAGGCAGAAGCUUGGCUCAUGUCUGUUUUUCUUCUGUGCUGGUGUUGUGUGGCGGUAACGACGCCGCCGGUGGUAAUUAAUCACCAUCGGCGGAGAAAAUUACGGAGAAUAAUUCCUGAUUUGUUGUUCGGGAACCGGACCGCCUUCCCCCUGGCACCCGACGUGGGUAACCGGGUGUGGAAAAGCGAUUUCCGAGUUACGAACUGUGGCCAGGAAGGUGCGGAAGAGUAGGUAGCGGGGCGGAUUCGGGAUUUUUUGGCUUCCAUGCGGUGGCCUUUUUGUGUUGGGUGGGAGGGUGAAAUGGUUCCCAAGCGUAGUUCCGUAGUGUCCCCCGGGGGAACGAAGAUAGGCUUCCGGCCAUUCGGGCUCUAGGCCUUUACGGUGUGUUUUUCGUGUUUGCGUGCGUUGUGCCAUAGAGUCCCUCGGGGGAACGAAAAGAGGCUUCCGGCCAACCGGGCUCUAGGCCUUCACGGGGUGUUUUCGCGUUUUUGUUCGAGAAGUUCGUUAUCGUUGUGCCAUAGAGUCCCCCGGGGGAACGAAACAGGCUUCCGGCCAAUCGGGCUCUAGGCCUUAACGGAGUGUUUAUUCGCGUUUGCGUGCGUUGUACCGUAGAGUCCCUCGGGGGAACGAAGAAGGCUUCCGGCCAACCGGGCUUUAGGCCUUUACGGGAUGUUUUCGAUCGUUGCUGCACGGAGCUCCCCGGGGAGACGAAGACUAGUGAUUUCGUCAGAGCCCAAGAGCCUCCCGGGAGGACGAAGUUGUGUGUGGGAUGGUUUUUACUUGGGGAAUACUGGGUAAUAAACUGUACGACGCUCGAACCGCCCCGCUACUGCUUGAAUCCCGCUGCUCCCACCCCUGGCACCCUGGAACGGGUCCGCCACGCGGGGGAGACGACGCUGGAGCAUUGGAGGAACUCCCACCCUUGGCACCCUGGGGACGGGUCCGCCACGCAGGGGAGAAAGGCGGGGCACCCCGCCGUUUGGAUCUUGAAGGUUCCGGGCCUGAUACGUUCCAGAGAGAGACUUGCGACUGGCAACUCCCACCCCUGGCACCCUGGGACGGGUCCGCCACGCGGGGGAAAAGGUCAUCCUUCUUCGUAGAGGAGUACACCACAGCGAUCAGGUGCGUGCUCCCGCCCCUGGCAUCCUGGACGGACGGGUCCGCCAUGCGGGGAAGAAGGGCGAGAGGCCACAAUGUUGGAUGUAAGGAGCGAUUAACCGAAGUAUGGUGAUUGAACGUGUUUACACCCCUGGCUCCCAGGAUGGACGGGUCCGCCGCCCGGUGGGGUAGGAGGAGGUUUCUACGUGGCCGUGCUUCGUCAACUUUUUCCUAAAUUAUAAGUAUUUUCCGUUUUAUCCGGUACCUCACGUUCCGUCGAUACGUUUAAAUGUAUACGGUGUCCGAAAUAAGUGAUAAUUAGUGUUUUAUAGUCGCAUUUUUACUAAAACUGGAAUUUGUGAAAAAAAAAAAAAAAGUUCGUGCCUCAUGCCUCAUAGUGAAACUGUUUUGGUUGAUGCUGCGAUGCUCGCCAAUCUGUAUUAGUAACUAAACGAAUCGUCAGCGUAGUGUGUUAUAUUACAUAAUGGGAAAGGAAGAGAAGUGCGGGCUAUGCGGACGCUGCGAUCCCCCGGCGAAAGCAUCAGCGAAAAAAGUGAAGAAAGCCAAUCAAGUAGGGUGGAUCUGCUGCGACAAGUGUUCCGUAUGGUACCAUCUAUGCUGCGUCCGAAUCAGUGAUCCGCUGACUGAUGACAUCCAGAGUUUUGUGUUCUUGUGUGAAAAAUGCGCAGUACGAGGGAGUUUGAUCGCGAAACAAUCGUCAUCUUCCACCGAUAGUGACCUGAUUGCACAGCUGCAGAAAACAGUGCAAGACCUAUCCACACACAUUCUGAAGCUGCAGGCGGAACUAGACAUGCUCCGAUCAUCCAGCAAAAAACAGAUCGAUCGAAUCCAGUGCAAGGUUAACAGCGACGAACAACGAGAUACAAGAUACGCUGCUCAAACUGCUUUGAUCAACAUUAUCGAACAGAAGCUGGAAGUAAUCGAAGCUGGUGCAAAGCUAGCGAAUACUUGCUCCCAGUCAACGAACUGUUGCAGACUCGCCAUCAACAAAAUUCCUUUCCGCGAAGGUGAAAACGUACGUAACAUCGUAGCAGACGUUCUCAACUUUCUUGACAUCAGUGAGGCGAUGAGCAGUGUAUCCAAGUGUUUUCGCCUCCAAGUGAAAUCUUCUAAAUGGUCCGACCGAACAAUCUCUCCGACAAUAGCUGUGGUUUUCGACAACCGUGAGAUGCGAGACAACGUUCUGAAGCGAUAUUUUGAGCGGCACAAAGACGCAAAACUUUGUCGCUUGAAAGGCGCUCCCGCAUUAGAGUACCGGUUUACAAUUAACGAAAUGCUCUCAGUGCAAGCUUUCAGAAUUCGUAACUUUGCUCUCAGACUCAAGCAAAGAAAAAUCAUCAAGUCGGUUUUUGUCCGGAACGACACCAUUGCAGUUCUUCUUCCUGGAAAAAUGCGUUACUCUCGUGUCAACAGUACUGAUCAUCUUCUGGAGCUCACCGGUGGUACAGGCGGUAGAAAUGAAGACUCGUCCGUCUUCUUCGACGCUACAUCGGCCGAUCUGUCUGCUUCCUCACGUUGUUAAUCUUCCACACUACACCGCUGACGAUCUCAAUACCUGAUAUGUCCAGAAAUCACUUCUCCAAUCUCCGAAUCGGCCAUCUCAAUGUCCGAGGACUCGAAAAUCACAUUGACGGCGUAAAAGUAUUGCUAAAUAGUAACCAAUACCACAUUUUUGCGGUUACAGAAACCAAACUCAAGACAUCUAGUCCAGCAGGUCCAAUACGCAUCCCAGCGUAUAAUUUUGUCAAGCACUCAUUGCCAUGCGGAAGGGGUCGAGGAACUAGAACCUGCGGUGGGAUAGGAAUUUAUGUCCGAAAGGGCUUAAAAGCCAAGCCUAUUCUUAAAUCAAGCUUCGACCCAACGAUACCAUUAGCUCAGAGGAUCGAGUUUCUUGCUGUUCAAGUUAACAUCAACCAGUCGAAUAUUUGCAUAGUUGCUUUCUAUAACCCGCUCUGCUCCAAUCCCUGUUUCAGUCAAGUAUACGAAAAGAUUCUCAUUGAUCUGCUUGACUUUGGCUUCGACAGAUUGUUCAUCGUGGGGGAUUUCAAUAUCAACAUUAAGUCAUGCCAACCAACAGCAAACUUAGCAGCUCUCUCUCGCGUUAACUCUACGUUCAACUUGACAAUCCUCCCAACCGGUCCCACGCGCAUUACGGAAAAUUCUACAACGACAAUAGAUCUGCUUAUCACUGACUCUCCUGAGACUGUGAUCAAAUCGAAUACAUCUACCGGUAACACAAUUUCCGAUCAUGAGGUAGUCUAUUUGCUGACCAACAUAAGGAUGCAGAGAACAAAUCCUCAGACCAUUCGCGUGAGAAACAUGCAGGCCAUUGACUCCCUGCAACUACAAGCCGAUUUCCAAGCAAAAGACCUGCGGCAGUUCUACGCUGCUCCGGACCCUACAACGAAAACCGAACUGCUGACCAUGGAACUUAAGUGUCUGCUCGAGCGCCAUGCUCCAGAACGUUCAAUCGUUGUACGCGAUGAGCAAACCCCUUGGAUGUCCAACGAAAUAAAAAGAGCGAUUGAACUGAGGAAUAUGGCGUACACUCUAUACUCCCGUAACCCCAAUAGAGUGCGCGGCGAUAAUCAAUGGCUCGAUUACACCAGACUGAGAGAUAGGGCAAACUCCCUUAUUUUUGCAGCUAAGAAGCGGUAUGCAGAGCGACACUUCGACCAUAACUUGCCAGCCAAAAAGUUGUGGUGCAACCUGCGUAGAGAAGGGAUACACAACGCAAAGAAAAACACCCCUGCAGAGGAGAUCAACGCAGAAGAACUCAAUCUCUUCUUUAGUGAAGGGCACAGACAACUGCCACGUGAAGACCAGCCCGGUAGCCAAGCCGAACCAGCACAUCGUACUGAAGUAGAUCAUGGAGGACCAGAAUUCAGCUUUAGUCAUACGAACGUCGACGAUGUCUGCCGUAAGAUCUUCGAUAUUCAUAGCAACGCAACUGGCUCAGACGAAAUUCCGAUUUCUUUCAUCAAACUUCUCUGUCCCUUCAUACUACCUGCACUCUGUCACCUCUUCAACACAAUAAUUGACGCAAAAAGGUUUCCUUCCAGUUGGAAGAAGGCAAUCAUUACGCCUAUCCCUAAGGUUGCCAACCCUACACAACCCAAAGACUAUCGCCCUAUUAGUGUACUACCCGCAAUC